AUGCUGGUGACGCCAUAAUCAACUACCGCCGAUUAUUUAUGCUUCACAUAACCCAGAAUUUAUGAUAAUAUCACUCAGCAUACUUUGCUUUUAAUCUAUCUGCAAUUUAGGUUUUAUUAUGCCAUUCAGAUUGCGUUAGAUAAUGAUUCUUUUGUUUGCAUUCAUUGUUUGCUAGCUUCUUCAAAGGCCCCAUAAUCAUACAAUUUGGGAACUACUCAUUUUAUAGAGUGAAAUUCCUUAAAAGUUGGAAUUGGUAUCCAUAAACGCACAGAUCUUUUAUUCAUUGUAGUAUUUAUAGCCUUAAAUUUGGUGCUGACAUGAGUUGCUGCUGUGAGUUCAAUGGCUGCAAUGAAGGGGCCAAGGUUUUGGCUGUCAUUUUUGACUUGGAUGGCACCCUUCUGGAUUCUGAAAGGGCAACAAGGGGUGUGUUGAAUGAGUUUUUGGCGAGGUAUGGGAAAGAACUGGACAUGGAGAAGGAGGAGAAGAAGAGGCUGGGGAUGACACAAAAGGAAUCAGCAGCUAUAUUAGUUAAGGACUAUGAACUUCCAUUCACAGCUGACCAAUUUAUCAAAGAAAUCACUCCUCUCUACAGGGAAAGGUGGGCAAAGGCCAAAGCAUUACCUGGUGCUAAUCGCAUUAUCAAACAUCUCCAGAAAAAUGGAGUGCCGAUAGCUCUUGCUUCAAAUUCCUUGCGAGAAUACAUAGAUGCAAAAAUUUCUUAUCACAAAGGUUGGAAAGAAAGCUUUUCUGCAAUUCUAGGAAGUGAUCAAGUUAUAUCUGGGAAGCCCUCUCCAUAUUUAUUCGAAGAAGCUGCCAAGAAAAUGGGUGUAGAUGCAGUUAACUGCCUGGUGAUUGAGGAUUCCUUAGUUGGUGUCAAGGCAGCCAAUGCUGCAAAAAUGAAGGUAGUGGCUAUCCCAUCUCGAAGGGAAGCUGAUUGUCACGGGCUAGCAAAUGUUGUUCUUCAUUCACUUCUAGAGUUUCAGCCUGAGCUAUGGGCUCUUCCACCUUUUGAUGACUGGUUAGAUAACACAUUACCUAUUGAGCCAAUUCAUCUGAGUGGUUUGUAUGUUAGUGGAUGUCUACAGGAAGCCACAGAUAAUGCAAUUCUUGCUCUUCCUGAUCAAGCUGUUGGGCUUUACAUCGGUUGGGCCAAGGUCGAUACAGAUAGGAACUUCAAGAUAUUGGUUAGCAUUAAUUUGGACUUCUCCUGUGUUUCCUACAAAAAAAUACAUGUUUGCCUAAUUGAUGCGAACAGUGACCUUGAUGAUAAGCAGAAGAUGCAAAUCAAUCUUGUGGGCUACAUAAGAGCGUGGGAUAAUAAGGAACUCACGUCAAAGGAUUUAGAAAAACUUGAAGAAUAUAAGUCUAUUGCCAGAGCUUCACUGGAUUUGCCAUCAUUCACUUGUUUAUAGAAAAAGACUCGCACGGAGGAGACUGACAAGUGACCUUAUAUUUGGAGAUGGGAGUAAUAAUUAUGCAACUUGUUGCAGCUUUCACAACUAUAAAUAAUAACAAUGAAAUUAACUGUGUUUUCAUUUUUUUUUAAUCAUAAUGAGAUAUGAAAUGAUUUAUUAGGAAAUGCUUGUAAUAAUUGAUAAAUAGUGCAUUU